UAGAAAUCCAUUGGGGUCUCCCCGCGCAGGUUCGAAUCCUGCCGACUACGGGUUUCUUUUGGCUUCUUUUCCCCUUUGCAAUUUAAACAAACGCCCUCAUGGGGCAGAGCAGCCGGAAAACAGGCCGGGAGAGCGACGCCUGCCCAGCACGGAGUCCCUGCGCGGCAGCUGGCUGCUAGCCGGGGAGCGAUCGCGGGACUCCGAGCCGGGCCGGGGGCGGCAGGAUGCAGCAGGGCGCGGCGCCGGCCGUGCUGGUCACCAGCAGGGAAGUUCAGAAUGCUCACACAGGGAUAGACUUGUCAGUGCCAGAGUACCAGGAAAUCCGUGGGAAGAUGAUGUCUGGCCAUGUGGAAUAUCACAUUGUAGCUGUUACCCGACUGGCUGCAUUCAAAUCAGGAAAGCACAAACCUGAAGAUGUGGUUCAGUUUAUGGUCUCUAAGAAGUACAGUGAGAUUGAUGAGUUUUACCAAAAGCUGACCGCCCGCUACCCACAGGCAUCUCUUCCACCAUUACCGAGGAAAGCUCUGUUUGUUGGGGAAUCUGAUAUCCGAGAACGAAGAGUGGUGUUCAAUGACAUCAUGAGGCUCAUUGCCAAAGAUUUGGAACUCGCAACAAGUCCUGAAUUAUUGGAAUUCUUAGGGACAAAAUCUACUAGUGUCAUUGACUUGAAAGGUAAAAAUGUUCCUGAGGAGGAGGAGGAAGAUGAAGAAAAUGAAGAGUUAGAUUUUUUCAAAGAGGAGAGGACAUCCGACAUACUCCCUCGGUUUGGGUUAAUAAAAGAUCAAGAUGCUGAAAAAGAGGAGGAAGAGGAGGAAGAAGAUGUAGAUCCUCUUGGCAUAAUCAGAUCUAAAAAACCUAAGAAGCCUGCACCUCCUGCAGCCAAGGAAGACAAGCCCAAGUUAACCAUUUUUGAUGAGGAAGUAGAUCCUGAGGAAGGACUAUUUGGCCCAGUAAAAGAUUUUUCAUCUUCCAGUUCCAAGAAGAACUUGUCAGCCAAAGAGAACCUGAAAUUAUUUGAAGACCCAGACCUCGGUUGGACUGUUAAACUAGGCGAUUCACUGCUGCUGCCAACGGCCUGUGAGAACAAGGACUAUGUGCUGAGCACCAGCCUCAAAGAGGACACAGAGGAGCUAUUGAGGGUUGAAGAGGAUUUAGAGAGGCUCUGGAGAGUGAGUUCCAAGCCAAAACCCAGGCUGCCACAUAAACCAGCAUUGCUUAAGAAGCCAUUAAUCACCACUAAGAACAAUGUUAGUCCAGCCCCUCCAGCAAAGCUGAAAGAAGACAAGAUUCAAACCAUGGACGAGGUAGACAUUCUCCAGUACAUUCAGGACAAUGAAUCUAUCAGCAACCAAGACAUGAGUCUCUUUUGAAGAGUCUGUUUCUUUUCUGUCUUCCGAGGCUGCCUUAUCCAAGUGCCAUUGACCUCGUAUGUGAGGGAGGCAGGAGUUAGCUCGAAUUCUUCAUUGUCGCUACAUUUGCCAACUUGUCAUGAUUAGGAGAGCAGAAAGUCUGAUUAUUUCACAAGCUCUAAGUGGUAAAGAGUAUGUGUUUCUACUCAGUGUAAUUAUGGUCUAAUGUCUUAUAUUUUCAGGCUUUUUUUUUAAGAGGUGUAAAAAUAUACAACACUAUAGAUUCUGUGUACUAUAAUCAUAUCAAAUUAUUGGAUA